AUGAAUUUGGUAGCAGAUGUGGAAACAAAACAAAAUAACCAUCUCCGCCAAAACAGUCAUGGCCUAUUGGAUGAAGCAAUUUAUCUUCUCCAAAGCAAUGAUGUCUAUUGCGUCCCAGGCCAAAACAAAGUCUUUUCCAGAAGAGGACAAUGGCACAUCUCAAUUAGGAAAGUCCUUGAAAUUGGAAGAUACUUUAGAAGUUUGAAGGAGCGGGUGCAGGACAUGGAGAGAAGCCUUCAGAAACUGAAUGAAAAUAAAAACACUGUGCUACACUCCCUCACCCCAUUCCUCCUCAAGGAAGAUCUGAAGGAUCUGGAGCAGAGAGUGUCUGAUGCUCUGACCUCGGGUGUGCUGCAGACUGAGGGGCAAGCAGGUCCUCUCCUAAGAAGCCUCUUUAAUAAUGCUGGGUGCUUAGAAAAAGUUGCAGAAGUCAUUCUGGAAUUUUUGGAUACUUUGAUAGAGCUGUCUGAGGAACAGAAGUAUGUGGCAGAAGCACUAGAGUCUGGGACUCUGCCCCUUUUGAGGGACGAGGUGGAGUCCAUCUUGGAAGAGAACUGGGGUGAGCAGAUGAGCAAUUCUCAGGACAUGAGCUUUGACCCUAAGGCACAACUCUUUCGUGCCCUCUAUGCUGUUGUCUCAGUCCUGCUGCAGCUGAGUGAAAAGCCCACUGAUUGAAACCUCUGUUUCAUCCUAAUCCAAUGCCUGGAUUCUA